AUGACUGAAUUGUUGGCGAAAUCCGGUAUUUACUUCGAUGAAGUGGAUAGAAUUUGUAUUUUAGAGCCGGAAAUUUCGAAUUCUACGCACGAUUUGAAAGAAAAAUGCCAAAUAUACGCGGAGAAAGUGGACGAAUUCCAAAAAAUCACCACUAAAUACAUCGACCUAGUUCAAAAGUUGGGCGAUAUCAUAGAAAAGGAGAAAAUGAAAGCGAUAGGAGCGAGGAACAUUCUACAGAGCAUGGAGAAACAGAAAGAAAACAACCAUGAACAACUUCAGGCCGUAAUUUCCGAGAAAACCAUGCAAGUAGAACGCUUGAAAAUCCAAUUAAACUCAUUGCAAAAAACCGAAAUGGAACAAAACGAAAUUAUCAAUCAACUCACACAUUGCUAA